AUGGCAAUCAAUAUCGACUGGGAACAUAUGACUGAAAACUCACUUGAUGAAGAACUCUUUUGUCCUAUUUGUACUGAUCCAUUCGAAGAACCUGUCUGUGCUAAUCAAUGUGGACAUACAUUUUGUCGUAGAUGUAUUAUUAAUACUUUUCGUAUAACAUCACAAUGUCCAACCUGUCGUCAUACAUUAACAAUCGACGAUUUUCAUCCAGUUACGACACGUCCUUUUCUCAAUCAACUGAACAAAAUUCUUGUUAAAUGCAAAUGGUGUUCACAAAGUAACAUUCAACGAGGUGAUUUCAAAGAUCAUAUCAAAACAUGUACAAAAAUGAUUAUAUCAUGUCCAGCAGCUGAUAUCAACUGUGAUUGGAAAAGACAACCUGAUCAAAUGCAAGAUCAUGCCGAAGUAUGUUCAUUAGUAAAAAUUCAACCAACAAUAGUCAAACUCAAGACAAGUAAAACAACAAUCAAAACAAAUACGUUUUCUCUAUACAAUACUCAAGAAGAUAUCAGAAAAUCACAAAGAAGAAUGUCAAGAAGUCUACACAAAAAAUGGAAUAAUUUACUGUGA